AUGACGGAGUACUGGGUGUCGACGGCGAAGCACUACUGCAAGAUCUGCAAGAUCUGGAUCAGCGGGCACCAGCGGAACAUCAACACGCACAACAAGUCAAAAUGGCACCUGGAAAACGAGCGGAAGAUGCUGAAAGAGAAGCAGGAGGAGCAGCGGGAGAAGGAGAAGGAAGAGAAGGAAGCCAAGAAGAUCCUCGCGCAGAUGGAGCGCGACGCCAAUCGGGCGAUGGGCAUCUGCGAACCCGCGGACGACGACAAGCCCAUGGUGCCCAAGUGGGGCCGCGAGGAACUCGAGAAGGAGUUCGAAACCACGUUGGUCGGCAACCGGAGCAGACCGCAAAAUCAUUUCAACAAUAAGGGCAGCGGCAAAGGCGGUUCCUCCAGCAGCUCCUCUACUUCGGCGAACAAGAUCCAGCAGCUGCAGAAGCAAAACGUCGCCGCGGAGAACCAGUUGCUGCACGACUCGAUCCGGAGAAAGCACGCGGAGCUGAGGCAGAAGCUGCUCGCCGAGUGGGCGGUGUGCGUGGACCCGGAAGAGGAACGGAUCUACUACUUCAACCGCAAGACGCAGGACCGCCAGUGGGACUUGCCGAAAGGGCUGAUGGAGAGCGAUUUGGACGUCGCGAAGCCGCUGUUGUGGGUGCAGAUCUUGGACACCAAAACGGAAGCAGGCGGCUACUACUACAACACGCAAACGGGCGACACGUCCUGGGAAAAGCCGGAGGUGGUCACGGCGAAGCUCCCCGGGGUGCCGGAUGGCUGGGAAUUCGUCGAGGAAAAGGACAGCAAGUUCGCGAAAAAAAAGUCCAGAAAGCAGAUAGAGGAAGACGAGAUUAGGGAAAAAAAGUUGAAAGAAAUACAAGAAGCGAGGGAAAUGGAAAAAGUGGCGAAGAGUAUAAAGUUUACUCUGUUGUUUUGCUGGUUCGCUACGAUUUUUUCUUUGUUUUUUCGAAUGCAAAGCCAUUUCUGAAGAAAUCGUCCACCAGAUGCAAGCUUGGAUAGUGCUGGGCAUUACCCCGGCGAAGCUGAAUGAGUUGAGCUUGUCUAGCGGCCCUUCAGAAAAUGAAAAACGGCACCAUCGAGUCUUCAACUUCAUCUUCAUGCAAAUAUAGAAACAUCCUUCCAAUGUAAGUAUACUGAUAACGACAAAACAACAGUUAAACUCGGCACCGACGAGCUUGCGGGGAUUCAGGACCUUGGUUUGAAGGGCGUGACAUCCGCACUGGACAAGGUGGCUGCCAUGAAGGACGAGGCAAAGAACCAAGGUAUUUUCAACCGCGAAGACCUGAAAAUGGUCGGUGGCGCAACGGCGGCGAGCCUGACGGGCGGCGGCUUCUCCUUCAGCAGCAGGAGAAACAAAGUCGGCGGUGCUACAACCGAGGGUACUACUUCUACGGGUGCGGGAAUCAUAAAGAAGGGACGAGCCACAAACAAAAGAACACGGCUGUCGGAUAGCGACUGACACAGUUUGAAGAAGUAGUUUUUUGACCGAAUGUAAGCGACAAACACGAAUCAAUAUACUUAAAAU